AUGGUUACCAUAGCACUGUAAUAAUUAAGGGAAGAGAAAAAUGGCGGCCUACAUGGAGGCUUUUUGCAGUUCAGUGUGCUUACACUCACUAGUCAGUAGUUGUCGAAUGACAUAAUUCCGAUGGAUCAAACCAUUUCACGAGUUUUAAUCAAGCAUUUUAAAAGAAACCAGUCUACGCUGAUCCUGAAAUAAUGCAGCCUUUAUUAGUGUAUUCUCAAGAAGAUGAGAUUUUGCUGCAACUAUCAUGAGCACAGUCAUGGCAGCCGACAACCUCCUGAAGCAGUACCAAGUGGAGGAGACAUCCUGUGGUCCCCUGUGUCAACACCCACAGUGCUGGGCCUCAAACCGCCGCAUUGAAAGAGGCUUGCCCCGCUUGAAGGAUCCCCUGCAGACUUCCUGGAAUGCCAGUGAAGAUGAAGGUGCUUUGCCGACUCUUAAAGUCCAGAAUCUCUUGGCUGAGUCUGGCUUUGGUGCGACUGAUGACUACCCCACCACACAGCUGCCCAAGCACCAACGCAGCUCCUCUGCGCCCGCUGUUAAUUUUGACAACAGGCCGAAACACAAGUUCCCCUACACCCCCUACACCUCCCCCCUGGGGGUGCGAUCGACCAGUGCCCAGACAGUUCCCUCCUCCAUCGCACAGGGUCACCAACCAGCAAAAGCCAGGUCGGUAGAGGUGAGGGAGCUCUUUGAGGUGGAUGAACUCAACAGCGACUGGCAGCAGACCUUUGUUCCCUCCCGGGUCUACGUCUGGUGCCCAUCCAAGAAGGCCUAUGAGAGACAGCUGCAGAGGGAGAGGGACCCAAUUCCUGAGCCAAAUGAGCAAAAUGACGUCUCUAAGCCUGUCACUUUGAAGGACAUGACAGACAAAAUGGUCCCUGAAGCCCCAAGGGACAAGACUAAAGGGACAAAGAAAAUGAAGAAAAAGCCGUCCAGGAUCACCCCGACAGGAGGCCGGCCAUACACCCAUCCCAGCAGAUCACCACCUGUCCAUCGACAAACCAAACCGGUCAACAUGGACGACAGUAUUGCCGAGCUUCUAACUCUACCGAGGGACAUUUUAAUGGAUGUACUUGUGCACAUCAAAAACAGUGACUCCCUGGAUAAACGGAAGGUACAACUUCUCUUGUCGCGCCUCAUGCCCCUGAUCCACUUCGACACCAACCAGCCCCUCCACCGCUCCCUCUCCCCGACCCCCUUGCUUGCCAGCGGCAUCCUGCAGAACAAAAAGAUGAGCCUGCUGCAGGGCGGGGCCAGGCGGAACCAGACUGAGGUAGGAGCAGCACCAGGAGCGUCGGCCUCAGCUCGCCAUAAGCACCCAUUCUACCUGGACGACAGUCUCAUCUCGGCCAUGACCACGUCCACGUAUAGCGCCCUCACUCAGCAGCUUCCAAUGGAGGAGGGCGUAGCUUCUGAUCAGGAGAUGGGGCGGUUUGGUAGGAUGGCUCACCAGCCACCCUUGGGGCCCAUCAGUGCUGGAGUGAGCCAGAAAGUUGCCCAAGUUCCCCAGAGUGCCCAAGUCAGGAAUAAACUAACCUCGGUGUCCACUAAGAGUCUCCCGCCAUUGGUCCCAGGUACGAAACCCACCAAACCCUUUGACUACAAAGCUGCCAAGUCGUUGGACCUUACACUGGGACCACUGCCCACUCCAGACAACCUCUCCCCAGAGAAACCCUCCACACCUCGCUCUGAGAAGGCCUCCACCCUCUACGUGACGCUCCCCUCGGUCCUGUCACCGGACCGAACUGAGUUAACCACUCCCCUGCAGCCAUACGGGAGGGUGUCGGCCCCUGUUUACGCCGAGCGGUUUGCCAGCCAGUACCUGCACGACACGCCCUCCCCGAUCGCUAGCGAGGACUUUCCUGAGUUAUUUUGGUGUGACAAUGAGCAUCCCCUCCACGCUGUGUCUCCAUCUCUGUCCACAGGUGUGCCCCAGGCACCCCUGGGUACCCCUGCCACCAACAUCCACCAGGCAUACAAGCCGCUGUCGGCCAGCUACCACAGACCUGGUCGCUCGCCAAGCCCAUCUAAACAAACCACUGGUACCCUGCAGAAAGAAACCACUGCUCAGGAUCCCUUGAAUGCAGAGGCCCUAGGCACGAUCCGAGAAGUGCACAGCGAGCUGCCAACCUCUUAUCCAGGGACUUCAGCCAUGGACACCAGCCUCCCAACAUCCCCAGUGAAAUAUGGCAUGACUCCGGUCUCCACUCCCUGGGGCAACUGCACCAGCAUCACUGCUGGUGGCAACUCCGAUGCUCCCAGCCGGUCCCCUGUACCGCCGGUUACCCCACAGCCAUCCGCUACACCAGAGCCCUGGCCCGUAGUGGAUGAACGGGACUUUAUGACCUCACCGGAGAAGCCUCGCGAAAUGGCACCGGGCCAGGAGAUCAGCAUGGCCACACCUAUGGCCCCACCCCCAUCCCCUGAGCCACAGGAGCUGAAGAACGAAUUUGAGUUUGCUGUCAAUGACAUGAGUAAGAGCGGGAUGACAUCACUGACGCCACUUGUGGAGGAGGGGGAAGAGGAAGGGGAAGGGAAUGAGGAGGAAGCUGAGGAAGAUUGGGGCAAAAUGAUGGAGGCUACUUCCAGAACCGAGGACAUCAAGGAAGAUGCCUUAAAGAAUGAGGACAUCAAAGAAAAUGUUGAAAAUAAGAUAGACCAUGAGGGAGCCUUUGAAAAUGAGGACUUGAUGGUGGAUGUUGGAAAUAAGAUGGAUAACAUGGAUAAUACUGAAAGCAAGGACGUCAGAGAAGAGGUUGAAGAGAGUGCUUCCAAUGUUAAUGAGGGCGUUGUGAAGAAUGUAGAUAAGGGUACUUUUGAAAGUGAGGACAUCAAUAAAGAACAUCAGGAGAGUGACUCUGAAAUCAAGGAUAUCAAACAAGACUCUAAGAUUAAAAUAGAUCAGGAGGUUGCCUCUCCCAGUGAGGACAUUAGGGAAGAUGUAGAAGGUAAGAGAGAUGAGUCAGAAAGAGAUGCUGGAGCAGAUUCACCAAAACCCGCAUUCGAUGAUGAUGAGAUACCUCAAUCUUCUUUGGAGGUCCUGUCUAUGUCAAAUAAUUUGAACAACAGUGCUGUUACAGCAGAGGAUGUGGUAGCAGAUGAAAUUGUACCAGAUCCCUCUCUGACCAGUGGGGAUCUGGUAAUGCCAUCCUCACUGGAUAAUGAAAUGGCCAAACCUCCAAUAGAAGACGAAUUGAAACUGCAAGUCGUGCAAGAAAAUCCUGGAGGGGCAGAGGGGUAUUCAGGAACAGCCCAAGUCGAGUCCGCUGCACCAAACGAAACUAAACAAGAACAUUCUGAUGAGGAAAAAAGCGUACCUGAACUUCCCAUGACUGACUUAGUGCUGGAUGUUGAAAGCAAGGAAAUUACCCCAGAACCCCAGGAAUGUACCAUUGAAAAUACUGUCCCUACAGCAAAUCACACUGCGGAUUGUGUGGGUCAAAUUGAAGGGCCGGUUUCCAAUAUGGACAUAAACUGAGCGCUUAAUGGGAUAGUCCUUGUUGUCAUUUAAAUAUUAAAAUAUGUUACCUUAUAUUAUAAAAAAAUAAUUGAGAUUUAUUGCCCACAAAUAAAAUUUGGAGUUUAGAGCAACAGGGCCCAUGGCAUGUUGCAAAUCAUACUGAACUAAAUAUAAAUGUACAUACAAUAUUUGACAUGGUGUUUUGUGUGGUUUGCAAGUUUUGCCCAACAAGUUAUAUAUAUUUUUCUGCAUUUAUUGUAUAUAUAAACAAAUCCCAAAACAAAAUGUUUUAAAUUAGCCUUAUGUACAUGUAAUUUGAGCAUACACUUUUGAAAAGUAACUGAAUGAAUGAAUAUUCUGAUUUGUUGUGCCGGCUUUUUGUGUGAAUACGAAAUGUAAAUGAUGUGCUUAAAAUGCAUCAUUCAAUAGCUUAAGUAUCAUUUAGGCGAAGUACAAAAAAACGACAUGUUUCUCGUCCCCGCCCGCUUACUUUUUGGAGGCCGCCUGAAUUUUUUUAUUUUUGAAAAAUGCAUUAAAAAAAACACUGAAAAAGUCCACAAAUUCAUCGGAAAAUAAAUUGUAGACCAAUACAAGUCUAAAUGACACUGUAACUAUGUUCAGUUGUCUUGUCCAACAUAUCUUUCAUUUUAAAAGUGUCUUUGAACAGUGGAAACACAAACAAUUGCAGGUAAUUUUUAAAUGGCGGCCAUCUUGAAACAACUAAAAA